AUGGCUACUGCGGUUGUUUCUGGUGUUUCAAAUCCAAGCAUUAAGGAUAAGCCAAGAGAUGAGAUCAAGGAAUAUUAUGAUUGUAGAUAUAUUUCAGCUUGUGAGGCAUCAUGGAGAAUAUUCUCAAACGAGGUUCAUUAUAGGUAUCCUGCAGUUAUGAGGCUUCCCUUUCAUAUGACGGGCCAACAGAAUGUUGUGUAUGGUGCGGAUGACGAUAUUGAUAAUGUGUUAAGUAAGCCUUCAGUUGCUUUUUCAAUAUUUGUUCAAUGGAUGAAGUUAAACGAGUCAAAUAAAGAUGCUAGAAAGCUGACUUAUGUCGAGUUUCCUUCCAAAUUUGUUUGGAAGCUUAAAGAUAGAUGUUGGCAAGUACGUAAGACGUACCAAACUGUUGGCCGUAUACAUUCUGUGUCUCCUGCAUUAGGCGAACCUUAUUUUUUGAGGAUACUUCUGAAUAAAGUUAGAGGGCCCAGAUUCUUCGAGGAAAUACGUACUGUUAACGGUCAGUUAUUCCCGACUUUUAGAGAUGCUUGCUACGCAAUGGGGCUCUUAGAUGAUGACAAUGAAUACGUUGAGGCCAUUAAAGAAGCAAGUUUUGAAGGACAUGUUGGGUAUCUCCGAGCGUUAUUUUCUACCUUGCUGUUGUCAAAUACACUUUCACGGCCAGAGUUUGUGUGGGAGAACACGUGGAAAUACUUAGCAGAUGAUAUUUUAUACAGACGUCAAAAAGAAACAAAUAUUUCAGGUUUAGUGCUUCAUGAACAUCAAAUUAAAAAACUUACUUUGUUGGAAAUUGAAAAAUAUUUAGUUUCGAAUGGUUCGUCAUUACGAGGAUUUAGCACGAUGCCUUUCCCUGAUGACGAUUCGUUACGUGAUGCUAAUAAUCGUCUAAUCAAUGAAGAGCUAUCACAUGACGUAGAUGAAGUACAAGCUGAGUUAAAUAAGUUGCAUCAAUGUUUGGCAGAUGAACAACGAGCUAUUUUUGACGAAAUAAUGGCAGCAGUUGCAAGCCGUAAAGGAGGCUUAUUUUUCGUCUAUGGUUACAGUGGACUUGGAAAAACGUUCUUAUGGAAGACUUUGGCUUCAGCAGUUCGAUGUAGAGGUGAGAUAGUUUUAAAUGUUGCUUCAAGUGGUAUUGCUUCGUUAUUACUUUCUCGUGGAAGGACAGCCCAUUCUCGCUUCCAUAUCCCAAUUAAUCUCACUGAAGAUUCCAUGUGUCAUAUUAAGCCAAAUAGUGAUAUCGCCAAAUUAUUAAAGGAAACACAAUUGAUCAUAUGGGACGAAGCACCGAUGGUCCACAAACAUACCUUUGAAGCUUUAGAUAGGACGAUGUCUGACGUAUUUUCUGACGGUAGGAGUAUUCGUUCUGAUGUUCCGUUUGGAGGGAAAGUUUUUGUACUCGGCGGUGACUUUAGACAAAUCCUACCAGUUAUUCCUAAUGGUACUAGACAACAAAUAGUUUAUGCGUCUUUAAGCUCUUCAUAUAUAUGGUCAAAGUGCAAACUGUUAAGGUUGACUAAAAACAUGCGCCUAACAAUUGGAGCUGAAAGUUCUGAUAUGGACUCUAUCAGGGAUUUUGCGAAAUGGCUGCUUGAUAUUGGUGAAGGUGAUGCUAAAGAGUAUUUGAGUUCCGAUAGCAUAUGUCAAACUGAACAAAUGCUUGAUUCAUUUCAAGAAGGUUUAUACUCAACAGAAAAUUUGAAUGCACUUAAGAUUUCUGGCUUGCCUAAUCAUAGAUUAGUUCUUAAAGUUGGUGUUCCUGUAAUGCUUCUCCGAAACAUCGAUCAACAGAAAGGUUUAUGUAACGGUACAAGGCUACAAAUUACUUUUCUAGGCAAACGAGUAAUAGAAGCUGAAGUAAUAUCUGGUGGAGAUAGGAUUAGAGCUAAAGGAAGGGUUGGCGGAAAGGGAGUGAGUUGGUGGUGGCAAGUGGUGGUGGGUGGUGAAAAGGAGAGAGAGGGAGGACAUGGGCAAUAUGGAAUAAGACAUGGCGAGAAUAUCGGACUUGAGUCGUUGAAGAUGCUGCACGUGAGGAAAUGGUUCAACGUUAACAUUUUGGACGUGGUUUUGCACCUUUUUCGGACUUAUAAAGAGCUAUAUGGAACAAUAGGACAAGACUACCCAGAGGAUCCUCGGGGAGAUUGA